UGGUAACCAAAUCAAAUAUUUUUAAAUCAAUCAAUCCAUCAAUAAUGUAUCUUUGCGUGGUUAAUAUGUAAAAUGUAAACAUAGUCAUCUUGUAUAUAAUGCAAAGAUUAUGUAUACAGUGAUAAGAUUAUAAUGAUUGCAUAAGAAGUCUUUUAAACAAAACAAUCUAUGAGAAUAUAUUACGUACAAAAAAGAUUGACAAUGAAUUUUGAAAUAAAGUUGUUGCAAUUUUUGCUGUUUUUGUUCGUACACCAUCUUUUUUGUUAUGGAAAGCAAUACACUGCAUAUUUCAAUGAAAAUGAUCUUCAAGGAAAAAUUGUUUUCAUUCAAGCAAAUGAAGGCGAGAAUGUUACUGUUCAAGUUAAUUUCAAUGUUGAUGUUUCCAAUUUUAACUGGAUUAUAGUUAACAAACCAUUAUACUAUGGGUUAAGUAUUUGUCAAGAUAUGCAACCACAAAAUGGAAGAGUUUUAAAUGUGGUUAAUAAUAAUAAUAGUUAUAGUUUUGUAAGUCCAAUUACGCUUUAUGGAAAUAAUAGUAUUUAUGGGAGUACACUGAUCUUAGGUAAUAACAUUGUAAAUCAAUCUGUAGCGUGUGGUACAAUUUUGUCAGACAAUGAUAUAUACUCUUUUGUACAAAUUUCUAGUUCUGUGGUUGCAGGUAGUAUACAUUUUUUACAAAGCAAUGAUUUGACAAUGAUUUAUGCAUCACUUGGAGCAUCUGAUGGGACUUUAAUCUCUGUACAAUAUGAUUGGUUCAUAUCACCAUUUAGUGUUUGUUCUAAUUUAAAUGUAAGGAUAAAGGAUUUAACUGGGAUGUUUGGAUAUCUGUCAAGUGAAACUUUUUUUUGGCAACUUACUUCAAAUAUUAGUGCAAGUGAUAUUGUUGGUAUGACACUUAACAUUAUGGACAAAUCAGGCAUUAUAAUUAGUUGCAGCAAAAUAAAACAAAAUGGACCAUUAAAAUCUCAAGCCAUUUUUCCUUCAACAGCUUCCACAACAAGUGGAAACUUUGUUUUUACACAAUUAUCACCUUUUCAUCCUACAUUUGUAGAAAUUACCUUACAUGGCCUUGACAGCCAAUUAAAUGGUUACCAUAUUCACAUGUUUCCUAUAUCUGACAACAACAAUAAAUGCUCUCAAUCAAGCAUUGGUGGUCAUUUUAAUCCUUAUCAAGUUAAUGCUUCAACAAGUCCACAACCUGGAAAAGGUUCAUACGAAAAAUAUGAAGCAGGUAACCUGAGUGGGAAGUAUGGCACAUUACUUGGAAAAAACAACUUUUCUUUGCAAAUUGUGGAUGUCAGUAUACAAUUGUAUGGCUUUAAUACCAUAAUAGGGCGAUCAGUGGUAUUGCAUAGGACAAAUGGUUCGCACUAUAUAUGUGCUAAUAUUGAACCUGAUGGAUCAAAAAUGAUAUCUUUAUUAGUUAAUUAUACAGCUAAUUCUAAAUCUAUCCUUGAUGGACAAGUUUUGCUGCUACAAUACAUUCAAGCAAAUAAUGUUUUAACUCCAACUUUGAUUAUUGUUAAUGUUAAUUAUAGAAAUGACUCAAAAAUAACUUUAAAUCAUAAUUUUCAUGUCCAUGAGCUGGCAAUUGGUGAUGAUACUAGUGUUUGCAGUAGUGUAUUAGGUCACUAUAAUCCUGCUAAAGUAAAUAUUAACCAGCCUGCUUAUGUAAAACAAUGCAGUAAAGAAAAUCCUUAUCGAUGCGAGCUAGGAGACACCAGUAGUAAAGUUGGUACUUACGACAUUGGUAGUGGCAAAGCAUUUUAUGCUGAUGUUGAUGCUCCUCUUUUUGGGCCACAUUCAAUCAGUGGUCGUUCAAUAACUUUUCAUCAUACCAACAAAACUGCUCCUCGACUUGCUUGUGCAAAUUUGGGUGAUAAUCCACAAAGAUUUAUAGUUUAUCUCAAUCAAAACAAUAUCCGUGGUAAGGUUUUGUUUGAACAGAAUGGAGCCAAUGAUAAAGUUUUACAAUAUUUUGAAUUUGAAGAUUCUUUGAUAACUGAAAAAUUUUCAUAUGCAUUUGGCACAAAUCCUAAUGAAGAAAGAAAUUGUACUUUAGCUAAUAUUGAUAACACUAUGAGCAUCACCGGUUUAUCACCUACUUCUAUUUCUCUGAUUGACAGUUUUACACUCUUCGGUAGUAAUAGUAUAUAUGGAAAAACUUUAGUUUUAUCAACAUCAAAUGGUCAACCUUUAGCUUGUGGAACUGUUUUAUCUCAAAAUGAUUUAUACUCAUUUGUCUAUAUUUCUAAUAUCUACAUUUCUGGAACAGUUCACUUUUUACAAGCUCAAGAUGUCACUUUAGUUUUUGCUUCAAUUAUUAACUCUGGAAGUACGCCACAAGAGUUUGAUUGGUAUAUUUCAAAAAAUCAAUUUUCAAAUUGCUCUAAUUUACGCGAAAGAAAUGAAAAUUUGGCAGAAACAUUUGGAUAUUUAAAUAGCGGAAAAUCUUUCACUCAAAUCCACACAAAUCUCAGUUUGAAUGGUGGAAACACUAUUAACAACAGAGGUUUAGUUAUCUUAGACAAAUCUAAUAACAUUUUAGGUUGUGGUAAAAUUCAAAAUAAUGGACCCUUAAAAAGUUCUGCUAUUUUCAAUUCUGCAACGCAUCAAGGUGUUAAUGGUAGUUUUUCAUUUACACAAAAUUCACCGUUUCACCCCACAAAUGUAGUUAUUUCUCUAACUGGACUCGGAAAGAAUGCAAAAGGUUAUCAUGUUCACAUGUUCCCAAUAUCUGAUUUAUCUGACCAAUGUUCAUCACAAAGUGUUGGUCUUCACUUUAAUCCUAACAAAGUUAAAGCUACGACUAGUCCUACUCCUGGCCAAGGGACAUAUGAUAAAUAUCAGGCUGGAGAUUUAGGUGGAAAAUAUGGCUUUCUCACUGAUAAAACUGACUUUGAUCUCCAAAUAAUUGAUAACAGUUUGCAGUUGUAUGGUUUAAACACAAUCAUUGGUCGGUCAAUAGUUAUACACUCAAACAAUAUUAUGUCUUUACCGUUUGUUUGUGCUGAUAUUAAACCUAUAGAUGGCGUAGCUUUAUCAUUAAUUGCAAAUUUCACUGAUAAUCCAAAUUCUGAUUUAAAUGGAACAAUUACUGUGAGGCAGUUUAAUCAAUCCAAUGGAGUCUUAACACCUUCAGUCAUGGUGUUGGAUCUUGCAUAUAAAAACAGCUCUGUAGAGCCUAAUGAUCUAAACUUUCAUGUUCUUGAGUCGCUUGUGGGCUACGAUCAAAGAAAUUGCAGUGGCAAAUAUUAUAAUCCUGCAGGUGUCAGUCUUAAACAACCAGAUUAUUGUAAAGCUUCCCCGUAUGGAUGUCAAAUUGGGGAUAUCAGUAUGAAAGUUGGAACCUAUAGUCUUGGUAGUAAAGAAUUUUACUCUGAUGUCAAUAUGCCUUUGUUUGGAACAACAUCAAUAUUAAACCAUUCAAUUUCAUUGGAAGAUCCAAACAAAAGUCCCCCGGGAUUGGCUUGUGCUGAUUUAGUUCCAACUGGAGACAGAGUUGCUAAUUUCUCUCUUCGAUUGAAAUUAUCAAUCAAUGAAAAAAAUACAUUGUACACUAUUUUGAUACAAUCACUGAACUUGAAUGCAGAUUCUUUGUGGAAGUUUGCAUAUAUAAAUGCAAGCAUAGUAGACAGUGCAUGCACUCAAUUUACAAUCUACUUAAUAGAUGAUUCGGUUUUGAAAACAGACUCACAAAAAUACAAUGACCAAAUUAAUGAAGCCAAAAAAGGUUCUGAUCUAAUGCCACUGCUUAAGUGUGAUAAUGACUUGUGUGAUAUCGAUGAACACUGUGGCUCAAAUGCAGUUUGCAACAAUCACAAUUGUGAAUGCACUUAUGGUUAUGAGAGAAUCAAUUUUAACUGUGAAAAAAAAAGAAAUCGUUCGCUAUUUAUUGCUGGAAUCGUUGUUCCUCUUGCAUUUUUAUUUGUUGCAUUGUCCGCUGUUCUACUGGUUUGGUGUAUACGGAAGCAUCGAUCCAAAAAAAUCGUUGUUAACGCAUACGAUAAUCUUUAAAAUAGAUAUUAGUUAGGCUUCAAAUUUUUUGGGGCUUUUGAAUAUUUUAUAUAGCUUCUUUUUUUAAUGUUUUUUGUUUGUUUCAUGACGCUCGUUUACAGGCGAUUGUAUUUUAUUUCUGAUUAGUUUUUUACCAUAAAAAUCACAUUUUUUCUUGUUUAAAUAUGUCAUUUUUACUUAGCGCAUUUAUAUUUAUAUUUUUUAUUUAUAUUGAGCUUUAGUUUUAGUACGUUCUUAAAUUGCUGGGAUGCUUUUUUUUUUUGUAACCUUUUUUCUCUUUCUCCACGCAAAACUUUCAGUUUCCCUUUUUUUUUAAAAAAAAAUUCAACUGUGAAGAACAAAAUCAUCUCUUUAGUGUAAGUCUCUGUUUGGUUAACACAAUUAAUAGAUCUUUAAACAAUACCAAGCAAUCUCAGUCUUUAAACAAUACAAAAUAUUCCAUAUUACUCUUCCUAAUAUGUUUUAUACUGUGUUAUGUAUAUAUUUUGGGGUAUGUUUUAUAUAUUUUUUAUCAGAUUUCUCUUCCAAUGAAAUUUAUGUAUAUUUAUUCGUUAUUGCUAUUUAUUAUAAUGAACUAUCGUGUACACA